AUGGCUGGGGCCUAUCUCCUUCCUGCACUGCACCCCGACAGUGGAGGUCACGGAGACCACCGGUCACCCGGCUACCUGACGCAAGCUGUACCAUCAUCUAGAUAUUUCCGGCUCUCUGAGUCUGUAAACCACCCUCCAGACCCCAGUACAGAGCGGACAGUCCUGAGAAGAGAGCUGGCUAACCCAUCCCCAGAACACUGCUUCUCCCUCGAGGGGGACCCCAUUCCAGAGGAACUCUAUGAAAUGCUGAGUGACCGCUCCAUUCGCUCCUUUGAUGACCUCCAGCGCCUGCUGCAUGGAGACUCCGUAGAUGAAAAUGGGGCUGAGCUGGACCUGAACAUGACCCGAGCACACUCUGGAGGCGAGCCAGAAAGCUCAUCUCGAGGGAGGAGGAGCUUAGGUUCCCUAGCAGCCGCAGAGCCCGCUGUAAUCGCCGAGUGCAAGACGCGCACAGAGGUGUUCCAGAUCUCGCGGAACCUCAUAGAUCGCACCAACGCCAAUUUCCUGGUGUGGCCGCCCUGCGUGGAGGUGCAGCGCUGCUCUGGCUGCUGCAACAACCGCAACGUGCAGUGCCGGGCCUCGCAAGUGCAGAUGAGACCAGUGCAGGUGAGAAAGAUUGAGAUUGUACGGAAGAAGCCAAUCUUCAAGAAGGCCACAGUGACCCUGGAGGACCACCUGGCCUGCAAGUGUGAGACAAUAGUGACCCCUCGGCCUGUGACUCGGAGCCCUGGGACAUCCCGGGAGCAGCGAGCCAAGACGCCUCAAACUCGGGUGACUGUUCGGACGGUGCGAGUCCGCCGGCCCCUCAAAGGGAAGCAUCGAAAAUUUAAGCACACACACGACAAGGAGGCACUGAAGGAGACCCUCGGGGCUUAGGGGCAUCGGCAAGCGUGUGGGCAGGGUUAUUUAAUAUGGUAUUUGCUGUAUCGCCCCCAUGGGGUCCUUGGAGUGAUAAUGUUGUUCCCCUCGUCCGUCUGUCUCGAUGCCUGAUUCGGACGGCCAAUGGUGCUUCCCUCAUCCCGCGUGCCCGGCCACCUCCACCAGCAACCGUCCUUCGGCUCCAGAAGCAAACAAAGGACUCCAUUCCAUGCUGCUUCUUCCCUUGACCCCAAGAACGUGGGACAAGUGUGCAGGAGCCUCACAGGGGACUGUGGACUGGCCCCAGGAGCCUGGGAUUUGGUCUGAGAGCCUCUGCAUGGCCUGCCUGGUUCCUGGACCCCUGGCCAGCCAGCAGGGAGCACUUUCAGGCAGGCUAGGGUCCCUUGUAGUCCUGUGGCCAGGACCACAUGGGGAGCACAGACUAGAGGAAACCUCUCAGCACCCGGAUCUGCCAUUCAUCUCUCCCUGUCCCCUCAGCCCAUAGUGGCUUUUUAUUUUAGAAGUAUGAAAUCAAGGAAGAUAACGAACUCCUCUGGGCAGGUGGCCACAUGCCUUCUCUGAUGGACUGGAGAUGCAGUGUGCUUGUGACCUGGGCCACGCCCCCUGCCUCUUUCCACCUCCCUUGCAUCUCUCUUGUUUCAUUUCUCUACCUCCACUCCAUGUCUUCUUCCUCAUGUACCCUUCAGUCGGCUCCACCAGGGGUGCUUGGGUCCUGAUGGAGGCUCUGAACCACCCUAUCGUUCUCCUUUAGGGCAGGAGACCUGUCUGUCAUACUCCACUUCAGCCAAGACAGCCACGGAAGGUUGGGUGGAUGUGCAUUGCACAUGGGCACUGCACGUGGAGGAUUCUGUUCACACCCUAAAUAUGACCGAUUUAUCUAUUAUGACCUUCUGGCAGACGUAGGUCAAGCCUCUGAGGAAAGGAGGCCAUGUUUUAAUUCACACUGACGCCCUAUGCGGACUGGCUGUGUGCACGCUGACCCAGUCUAAAGCUCGGGAUGAGCCUCGGGUGCUGGGAGAGCAACACAGUCAUUGCCCAUUGCCUCCUUCAGCUGUUCCCUUCCUGGCAGGUGUGGGAUACUAGGAGAUCUCCAAGGGAGGGGCCGCCCUGGCUGCCCUCUUCCCUGCUUGCACAUUGCCCCUCAGAUCUUUUGUGGUUUUACCUGAUGGCUUCUUCCAGGAAGCUAGCUGGUACACUGGAAGUGGGAGAGAGGGAGAGCCAUAGCGCCCUCAGGAGGACUGGGGUUGACACACCCACUCCCCCCCCUACUUCCCCCUGCACUUUUCCCUCCCCCUCCCAGGUCCGCUUCCUUCAGUUUGUAAAGUUGGUGAUUAUAUUUUUGGGGGCUUUCUUUUUAUUUUUUAAAUGUAAAGUUUAUUUAUAUUCCAUAUUUAAAGUUGUAAAAAAAAAAA